AUGGCACUUAAUGCGCACUAUGAAGUUUCAGAGAGGCAUGUCUCGAAACUUCAGAGAUCGAAAUCACUGGUGGAUAAAGAUCGGAACGGCUGGCGAAUCGAUUUCAAACAAUAUCUCAACCUGCAGUGGCCUUCGCCGGUUAGACUUGCUGUCCACGAUUCACAUAUACGGACAAGAAAGUUUUCAUCUGGCAUAUCCCCCUAA